AUGGACAUGUCGGCGAUCGCCGCCCGCCUCGGCCUAUCCGGCUCCCGCCCCGUCGUCCGCAAGGCCGCCGAGCUGCGCCGCCUCUGCGACAUCAACUUCGACUCCUCCGUCCUGGGCAUCGGGGAGGUGUGCAAGGCCAUCAUCUGCCUCGAAAUCGCCGCGACCAAGUUCCAGGUGAUAUUUGACCGCGCGGAGGCGGUGCGGAUGAGCGGGAUGUCGGACAAGGCGUACAUCAGAUCAUUCAACGCGCUGCAGAAUGGGCUCGGCGUCAAGACGACCUUGGAUGUGCGUGAGUUGGGCAUCCAGUUCGGCUGUGUCAGGCUCAUACCUUUUGUGCAGAAGGGGUUGGCACUCUACAAGGAGCGUUUCUUGGCUGCAUUGCCUCCUUCUCGCCGCUCAAGCACCGACUUUGGUCGGCCAGUGUUCACCGCAGCAGCAUUCUAUUUAUGUGCCAAGAGGCAUAAGCUCAAAGUUGACAAACUAAAGCUAAUCGACCUGUGUGGUACUUCUAGCUCUGAAUUUACAACGGUUUCAACAUCCAUGGGAGAUCUUUGCUUUGAUGUUUUUGGAAUAGCCAAGGAGAAGAAGGAUCCAACUACCAUUAAAGGGAACAGAGAGCUGCUGGAUGUAUUGCCUAGCAAAAGGAAACAUGAGGAUGAUAGUGAUAACUCUGAUGAAUCAUCGGGCGAUGACCAAGAUGAGCUAGAUCUACCAACUCACAAAAGGCACAAGAAGAUGGAAAAGCAAGCAUACAAUCAGUGGAAGUCUACUGUUCUAUCCACCAACAAGGAAACCAAACCAGACCCUGCCAAGCCCAGGAAGCAGGCUCAGCUUAACUUCAAGAAGAAACUGUCAGACGCCGCCUUGGAAGUACCCCCAGCAGCAAACUAAAUUAAUCUGAACCUGUGCUCACAAGGAUGGAAUAGCUGAGAGACCGAGGCUGGAAGUGUUGUACAAAUCAUGGAGCUAG